AUGUCUUACCUACUCGAAUUUCCUACGAGCUCGCUUCCUCACAAUGCCCACUCACCACCUUACGUUGUAUUCGCUAUUCAAGGGAAUGAGAUUGUCUCUAAGCUCCCGCCGCGGAUUCCUCUCAACGUAGUCCUACACUUCGCGCCAAAGCUCAAUCAAUGGGUACUACCCUGUCCCUCAACAGCGCAUCUUCCUUUGUCAAUCGCCCGUCUUGCGUUGCGCACACCCUACAUUGGAAUCGAUAUUCUCUCCGAAGAUAUUGAGCCCACCGGCCUGGAAUGGAUACUGAGUAAAAUGCUCAUGGCCUCCGGGCUCGCUUAUCCGAAGUCACUUUUCCACGUCAGCCCCACGAUCACAACAUCUAUCUCCAUCCACAAGACCUGGCUCGCGCUCGACCUGCCCAUCGCUGGCAUCGAAAACCUCCACACACAUAUCCAAAGCCGUCUCAUGCUCGGUCCUGCUGUCACACUGGCGGUAGUGAUGGCGGUAUGGGGCAACUUCCCGCAGUCGUCGCACAUCGUACGUGCCAUGGGUCUUAACUUCAUCCGCUCGCAUAUAGAUCUAGAGUAUACACAACGCGAGACUUCAUCCAUACGGCAUUGGUAUCUAAAAUCUGCAGAGCGGUGCAGGUUCUUUGCGAGCCUAGAAUGUCAAUUUCCAAAGUUUGGCGAAUCCCAGGAUCUGCUAGUGGAGAAGGCGGCAAAGGGUAAUGCAACCCUGUCAACAUCGGCAAGGACUGGGAAAAUGAUGGAGAAGACGGGCACGAAGACAGUGAGCCAAGAGGAGAAGAAAGAAAGGCGGCAGAAGGAUGGAGCGGCGAUGCGGACACGGUUGAGAAGGACGAAGUCAGAUGUGAGUAUAAGGUCGGUAGAAACUGUGAUCUGGGAUCCACCGAGCGAGAGCAAUAAGGAUGAGGGAGCGACUGAAGGUGAAGUGAACGACAAAGACGCGACCACCGAGACUAAAACGGGACCAGAGGUGUCGGAAGCAUUACAGGAUGUGUCUAUUGAAGGCGAAGCCAAAAAAACGUCGCUCGUAAGACUACAACAAGUGCUUAUUCCAGACUUGAAGCGCUUGUCUGAACUCGCCGAAGCAGCAACAGAGUCGUCAGAACUAGAAAACGGCCCACUCACGAAUCUCAGUGCAGUCCCGAAGCGGUAUGCAACCCUAAGGAAGAAAGCGGGUCGAGAGGAGUUGGACGCUGAGAGAAGACUUUAGAAGCUCAGUUUGUGGAGAACAGAACAUCGUCGCGGGAGACUAGUCACGAGCAAGAAAAGACACUUUUGGGAUACGAGAAGAAAGAAGAGACAG